AUAAGUUGAAGGAACAUGGCGACAUCUAAUUUGUUAAAGAAAUCGAGACUCAUCAGACCAGGCAACAUUUUUCCAGUCUUCAACUGUCCAAUUUUGAACAAAGGCUCCCUACAAUUUGAUGACAAGUGGGAUUUGAUGCGUCCCAUUGUUCUGAAGCUCGUUCGCCAAGAGACGGUCACCAAGCAGCAGUGGUUUGAUCUGUUUUCAGAUGUCCACGCUGUUUGUCUGUGGGAUGACAAAGGGCCAGCCAAGAUCCACCAAGCUCUGAAAGACGACAUCUUAGACUUCAUUAAGCAGACACAGGUGAGAGUGCUGAGUCAGCAGGAUGACCCCGCCCUCCUCCAGGUCUACAUCGCAGAGUGGCGCAAGUUCUUCACCCAGUGCAACAUCCUGCCCAAGCCCUUCUGCCAGCUGGAGAUCACCUUGAUGGGCAAGCAGGGCAGCAACAAGAAGUCCAGUGUGGAGGACAGCAUCGUCAGGAAGCUCAUGUUGGACACGUGGAAUGAGUCCAUCUUUUCCAACAUCAAGAGCCGCCUGCAGGACAGUGCCAUGAAGCUGGUGCACGCUGAGCGACUGGGCGAGGCCUUCGAUUCCCAGCUGGUCAUCGGUGUCCGCGAGUCCUAUGUGAACCUCUGCUCCAGUCCUGAAGAUAAGUUGCAAAUCUACAGGGAGAACUUUGAAAAGGCCUACUUGAACUCUACUGAGAGGUUCUACAAGACACAAGCAGCAUCAUAUCUGCAGCAGAAUGGGGUCCAGGAUUACAUGAAAUAUGCAGGUGCUAAGCUCAAGGAAGAAGAGCAAUGGGCACUUCGAUAUCUGGAGACGAGACGGGACUGUAACUCUGUACAAGCUCUCCUGGACUGCUGUGUGAAUGUUCUCGUGUCAUCGUUCAAAGAGACGAUCCUGGUCGAGUGUGCAGGGAUGAUCCAACGGAAUGAGACUGACAAGCUUCACCUCAUGUUCUCACUCAUGGACAAGGUGCCCAAUGGUGUGGAGCCCAUGUUGAAGGACCUAGAGGAGCACAUCAUGAGCGCUGGGCUGGCAGAUAUGGUGGCAGCUGCUGAGUCCAUCACCAGUGACUCUGAGAAGUAUGUGGAACAGCUCCUCACGCUGUUCAAACGCUUCAGCAGAUUGGUGAAGGAAGCCUUCCGAGAUGACCCUCACUUCCUGACAGCUAGGGACAAAGCAUAUAAGGCAGUGGUGAACGAUGCCACCAUAUUUAAGCUGGAGCUCCCACUGAAACAGAAAGGGGGGGCGCUGAAGUCGCAGCCGGAGUCAAAGUGUCCUGAGCUGCUGGCAAACUAUUGCGACAUGCUGCUGAGGAAGACUCCCCUCAGCAAGAAGCUAGCAUCUGAGGAGAUUGAGGCCAAGCUCAAGGAGGUGUUGUUGGUGCUGAAAUAUGUCCAGAACAAGGACGUCUUCAUGCGGUAUCAUAAAGCACAUCUCACUCGUCGUCUGAUCCUGGACAUCUCGGCAGAUAGCGACAUUGAGGAGAACAUGGUGGAGUGGCUCAGGGAAGUGGGCAUGCCAGCAGAUUACGUCAACAAGUUGGCUAGAAUGUUUCAGGACAUCAAGGUUUCUGAGGACUUGAAUCAGUCCUUUAAGGAAAUGCAUAAACACAACAAGCUGGCCCUGCCAGCCGACUCUGCGAACAUCAAGAUCCUGAAUGCAGGUGCCUGGUCACGUAGCUCAGAGAAGGUAUCCGUAUCGUUGCCAACUGAACUUGAAGACCUCAUUCCGGAAGCAGAGGAGUUUUACAAGAAGAACCACAGUGGCAGGAAGCUGCACUGGAACCACCUCAUGUCCAAUGGCAUUAUCACCUUCAAGAAUGAAGUGGGCCAGUAUGACUUGGAGGUCACCACCUUCCAGCUGGCUGUGCUCUUUGCUUGGAACCAAAGGCCCAAGGAAAGGAUCAGCUUUGAGAACCUCAAGCUGGCCACGGAGCUGCCUGAUGCAGAGCUACGCAGGACACUCUGGUCUCUGGUAGCCUUCCCCAAGCUGAAGCGCCAGGUACUGUCCUACGAGCCCCCAGUCGCCUCUCCAAAAGACUUUUCUGAUGCCACGCUCUUCCAUGUCAACCAGGACUUCUCUUUGAUAAAAAAUGGCAAAGCCCAGAAGCGGGGGAAGAUUAACCUGAUUGGCCGGCUGCAGCUCACAACAGACCGGAUGCGGGAAGAGGAAAAUGAGGGUAUCGUCCAGCUGAGGAUACUGAGGACACAGGAAGCCAUCAUCCAGAUUAUGAAGAUGCGCAAGAAAAUCAACAAUGCCCAGCUCCAGACUGAGCUAGUGGAGAUCCUGAAGAACAUGUUCUUGCCCCAGAAGAAGAUGAUCAAGGAGCAGAUUGAGUGGUUGAUUGAUCAUAAGUACAUUCAGCGGGAUGAGAUAGACAUCAACACCUUUUUUUAUGUGGCGUAGUGCUGGUAAUGAUGAGGUUGAUGAUGGAGAGGAUGAAAGACGGCUAUGAUGUCUGGUGGGACUCUCAAACAGAGGCAUUUCGACCAUGGCUUUUGCAGUGUGUCUGGAACUACUGAUAUAGACCUUGGAACACAGCAGAGUCGCCACCUGCAGAACGAACACUAAAUUCUCCGUUCCACCCGCAGUUCUGCACACCCACACACUCCCGAUGGUCCUGGGCCGUUUUGUUUUUUUUGGUUUUCUGUGCUGGACUUGCUGAAGACACUUGAUGACUGUAAAUGCAGCCUUGCUGCAGUACUUGUUACUGAUUUUGAGAACUUCCCUCCUGUGGGGGGGUGUAGUCUCCUGUACUGCUUUUUUGUACACCCACUCACCCUGUAUAGGAGAUGAUCAGGGAUGGGAUGUUUCUACAGAACUGGGAUUCAAAAGAUUUCAUGGAAGGGGAACCAGUUUGAUAAGUGCAAUGUCUCUGCCUAGUUUGAACCCACUUGCACCUAGUAGUCAGUGGCUGUGUCAUUCGGAAGCCGCCCUCUGCUCUGUCGAUGUUCUGUGGAUGUUGAAUGAACGUUUGCUUCAGAUCAAGCUCCUGGGAAUGUCAGUUUGCGAGCUGGGGGCAGACAGAGCUUAGUUAGUCUAAAAUAUAGUUCCAGAAAAUCUGCAUUCCUCAUCCAGUUAGCUCACAGUGGAAACUUGGUUAAGUAUGUUUCUAAAUACCAAUUUUCUAGUCUUCAGUUACACUACAGAUAUUUUUUUUUUGGAUGGCCGGUGGUGGUAAAAGAGUUAAUAAGUUCUAAGAUUUUAUCAGUUAUUGGUCAUUGUGGCCACAUGUGUGUCCAUGCCAGUUUCUUGGCACAUAUAUACUGUAUGUGUUUUGGCUACACUCAUGGUUUCUUUAAAUAUUCUGUUGGAUUUCACUUUUCUCUCUGAGAAAUUUGGAAGGACUCGGGGCCAGGAAAAGCACCAAUGCACUGGAUACUAGUCUCAUCAACCUGCUCUAAAAAUGCAAAUGAUUGAGCACAAGACUGAGUUUUAGUCUUGUCUCCUCAGAAGACAUAAAUGUGUAAAAGUUAUUUGCAGUACUAUGAACAAAGAUGGUUUAGUUCUGUAUAUACACUAUAUAGCCAGAAGUAUGCAGAUACCAGCUUGCCCAGCAUCUCUUUCCAAAACAAAGGGUAUUAAUAUGAAGUUGAUCCAUCCCUUGUUGCUAUAAGAACCUGUACUUUUCUGGGAAGGCUUUCCAUUAGAUGCUGGAACAUUGCUGGUGGGAUUUGCUGCCAUUCAGGUUAGGUAUUGAUGCUGGGUGAUCAGGUCCCUGUCUGUGAGCCUGCGUGGCCCCAACUUCUCAGCUGAACUUACCCCCAGAUGUUUCCAUUUUGCUUGCGGCUGAGUAGCGCAGCUCUAGCAGGGCAGAAAUUGUACAAACUGACUGAUGGUGCCUAUGUGGGUAUCACGUUGAAAGCAAUUAAUCUCUUCUGCAUGAGUACCAAGUGUUUGUUGCCAGAUAUGGUAUGAUUGUGCUUGUGCAGUAGUGUCAGCAGUGGAUGUGGUUUAAUUAACCAACAGAAAUGUCCACAUACUUUUGACCGUAUAGUGUAUUUGAUAAUGAAUCGCACUGGAAAACUCAAGUGUAAUUCCAAAUGCUACCACUUGCAAGCUGAUAUUGGGCUGUCAUAGAUUACCAGCACAAGCUGCUUGUAUCUGCACCAUUCUACACAAAGGCAGGGGCCACUGCAAAUAUAUGUCAACUUUACAUUUUUCUGGAACUUUUGCAAAGAAUAGCUAGGAACAGAUGGACAUUUUAAUAGCUCAGAUCUCAGCUCAGGAGAACAUCUUUGGCAUGAUUCGGAACUCAGAAAUAGAGCAAUUCAUGGCUGUCUUUGGAAGCAGAUCUUACUGACAUUUCAAAGGAGAAUUGGAGUAUAUAACCACUAGCUUUAUACUAGAAUUAACAGAAGUGUUCCGCAAUAUGCAGAAGAAGUCAGUAUGGUCAAAGUUGCACCAAUAUACUAUUAAAACACAUUUAUGACUACAUGUGGAUUUUUGUUGGAUAGUGCGCAUGCUGUCUAAGGAGUGUUUGCUGUAAUUCUCCCCUCCAUUAGAGUUACCUGAACCACCCCUGCUGGUGAUGAUCUAAACCAGUGUUUCUCAACCCAGUCCGCAGGGACCCCCAGGCUUUCCACCUUUAUACUCCCUUCCAGCUCCCAGCCAAUCAGGAACAGGUGCACUGGGAGCUGGGAGGGAGCGAAAAAUGUGGACUGUCUGGGGGUCCCUGAAGACCGAGUUGAGAAACACUGGUGUAAACAAUCCACUUCUACGGUUUAGAAGCUUUUGUUGCCUUUGGGUGUAUGUGAAAGCACAAGAGCAGGUUUCAGUCAUAAUCCCUCCCUUAAAGCUUUGCUCUCAGCUUGGCAUUGAACCAAAUAAAUUACUCCAGUGUUCAGUUUUGCUGAUAUUGGGUUGUUUCUCACUCUUUUGACAUUCUUUUGUCACUACUCACUGGUCUGAAAUUGUUGGAAUCACUUUGUGCAUUAGUGCCCCCCUGGGGUACUGGUGGGUGUAAAUGACAUGCACUUGAUUAAAGAUUUUGUCUGUGAAAUAUA